AUGACAUCCACGUUACUUUUCUAUUUUAUUGUCUUACUUGGAUACGUUUUUGCCGGCGAAGGUGAUAUAACAGAUGAUCAUGUUAAAAUAUAUAGAACACAAUUUCCUAUAGCCAAUAAUGGUAUGAUGGGAGUCGCUAGUGUCGCAGGAUUCACAUCACGGAACGGUCGAGUAUCUUCAACUGGUGGUAUACACUUCUUUUCUCCAAUGAAUCAACCUAUUCCCUCUCCUCAAAACAUAGAAGUCUUCAAAAAAGCUGAAGGAAACAUGGCAACUGCCAUCAUAAAAAUGUAUCCAGAAUCUUCGAAAUCAGAUAAUGUAGCGUCAUUCAUGAACAUAUAUCCUGGUACAGUAGCAGUAGCAUCUACAAUGACAUCUCAGCCAAAUAUAAGGCAAUCUCUUGGGACUAAUCUCUUAGAUUCGAUGGCUUGGCCAAUAAGUGGAGCUUCAGCAACAUCGAACAAUAUCUUAAGUAAUAGAAAAGUUGAAAAUUGGCUUCAUAAUGACAUCUACAAUAAUUUUAUUCCUUCAACGAGAUUCGCAUAUCAUCGCGCGCGUGCGUGGGUAUCUAAAGUGGUCAUG